AUGGCCGCUGCGCUGCCGAUCCACAAUGUGAGCUCUGGGCAGGCACGGGCAGAAGAGGUUUUGCGGGAUGCAGAGGAGGCCUUGCCCGUUCUCUUCCCGGUCCAAGCACCUCGCGAUGUUUUGGGAGGCUUGUGGAGUGGCAUCAAAUGCGUCCUCGGCGGAGUGCUGGUGGGACUUGCUGGCUUGAUCGCCCAACCGAUUGAGGGAGCCCGCGAAGAGGGUGUGGUCGGUUGUUUUCGCGGUGUGGGCGUGGGCCUGCUUGCGGGGCUUUUCUUCGCAAUCACCGGGCUUUGCACUGGUGUCUUCCAAACACUGCGAGGCGUGGCGGCGACGCCACGAGCCAUUUGCAUGGCCGGGCGCGGCUGGCGCUGGGACGCUCAGAGUGGCACAUGGACAGAGCCCAAGGCUUACUCGCUUCUAGAGGAAGCAGACGAGGUACUCGUGGAGGAUGGUGAGCCGAGCGAAACAGCCGAACGGAAAGAGCGCACACGACCCACACGUGUGGCAGACACCUUCUACUACGACCAGCUUGGUGUGGCGAUCGAUGCCUCGCAGCAAGAAAUCCGACGGGCCUAUUUCCAGAGAUCGAGGCAGUGUCAUCCAGACAAGACAUCAGAGGAGAAUGCCAAGGAGCGCUUCCAGAGCAUCUCCGAAGCGUAUCAGGUGCUUUCCGACAAGCAGAGGCGUCGAAACUACGACCUGCAUGGCAGAGACGGCAAGGGGGAAGGCUUCAUCGACGCCAAGGUGUUCUUUGACGUCUUGCUGGGAGCCGAUGCUUUGGCACCCUAUGUCGGUCGCCUCAGGAUCACAGAGGUGUUGGGUCAGGACUGUGGGGAGAAGGGAGAAGUGUUUUCUUGA